UCAUCACCCCUAUCGCUGUUUUUGUAGAACACCCAAAUCCUAAUAAAAACCCUAGCUAGCUAGUCCUAUUACUGCUUCUUUCGUCUUAGUUCUCAAAUCAUAACCCUCAUCUCUGCUGCCUACAAUCAAAAGAACAACGCACGUACGCGACCAUGUGGUACAAAGUUGCGAACGCUUCAGAGUAUCUAGUGAUCACCGGCGUCGGAAUCGACGACAUCAAGCUUGCAAAGAAGGCAUGGAUUAUGCCCGGCCAAACCUGCACCGUCUUCGACAUGACCCCCGUCAACUACACCUUCCAAGUCCAAGCCAUGAGCUCGGAAAUGCUCCCCUUCACCCUCCCCGCCGUCUUCACCAUCGGACCCCGCACCGACGACAUGCCCAGCCUCCACAAGUACGCCAAGCUCCUCUGCCGCCAGGAUCAGCUCUCCAACAAUGUGAGAGACCUUGUCCUGGGCAUCAUCGAGGGUGAGACGCGGGUUCUCGCUGCCUCAAUGACAAUGGAGGACGUGUUUAAGAUGACAAAAGAGUUUAAGGAACAGGUGUUUGAUAAGGUUCAGUUGGAAUUGAAUCAAUUCGGGCUGUGGAUAUACAAUGCAAAUGUCAAACAGUUGGUGGACGCUCCGGGGCAAGAGUAUUUUAGUUACUUGGGGCAGAAGAUACAGAUGGAGGCGGCGAAUAAGGCUAGGGUUGACGUGGCGGAGGCGAAGAAGAACGGGGAGAUUGGGUCAAAAGAGAGGCAGGGGCUGACGCUGCAGAACGCGGCUAAGAUUAAUGCGGAGACGAAGAUUUUUAGGACGAAGAGGGAGGGAGAGGAGAAGAUGGAGGGGAUUAGGACGAGGACGCAGGUGAAGGUGUUUGAGAAUAUGAGGGAGGCUGAGGUGGCGGAGGCCAAUGCUGAUCUGAUGAAGAAGAAGGCCGGGUGGACCAAGGAGGCGCACGUGGCGGAGGUGGAGGCUUCAAAGGCGGUGGCCUUAAGGGAGGCGGAGUUGCAAAAGGAGGUAGAGAGGAUGAAUGCCUUGACUAGGAAGGAGAAGCUUACGGCUGAGUUAUUGACUGAGGCCAAUGUUGAGUAUGAAACCAAGGUGCAAUCGGCAAAUUCGGAGUUCUACAAAGAACAAAAAGCUACGGAUGCAGUUCUUUACCAACGAGAGAAAGAGGCUGAGGCACAAAAAGCAACUGCAGAGGCACAACUCUAUGCCCGUCAACAAGCUGCUGAUGGAGACUUUUAUGCCAGGAAAAAAGCGACGGAGGCAGAGCUCUAUGCUCGUCAACAAGCUGCUGAUGCAAAAUGUUAUGCAAGAAAAAAAGAGGCUGAGGGACUCAUGGCCCUCGGACACGCCCAAGGCGCAUAUCUGCUCUCUCUUCUGGACCCAGUCGGAGGCAACUAUGCAGCUAUCAGGGACUUUAUGAUGAUCAAGCGUGGCAUGCUUCAAGAAGUUGCUAAGAUCAAUGCUGAAGCCGUGCGAGGUCUAAAGCCAAAGAUUAGCAUUUGGACUAAUGGCUGCGGGGAGGGUGGUGAUGGUGGUGCCAAUGGGGCUAUGAAGGAGAUUGCUGGUGUUUACAAGGCGUUGCCACCACUGUUCCAUACAGUUCAUGAACAAACUGGCAUAUGAAGCCACCGGCUUGGAUGGGCACUUUGUCUACCAACUCGACUCUCGAUAGCAACUGAACUCUGAAUUGUGUUCAAUCGAAAGUACGACAUCACUGUCGGAUCAUGGACUAUCAUGCAUUAAUUUAGAGCUAAUGAUAUUGCAGAUUUUCUUGUAUUUAGUGAUCAGUGAGAAUUUUGUUUUAGUGACCGAUAAGAAGUAUUUGUUGGUAUUUCUGAAUCUCGCGCGGUUGUAUAUAUU